AUGGCCUACUCAUCUGCCUCUCGGUCACAUCUCCCGCGCGAGUCCGUCUAUCCCCAACCGCCUUCGUCUGGAUACCUGCAUGCCCUCGAGGACUGUGUGCAGGCCACAGAAGCGUGCUCAAGGACGCUAGGGAUUGCACUGGAAAAGUUUGAACCGGGAGUGAGGGAUCUUCCUCGUUUGACAAAAAUCUUUCGCCACGAGCAUCACUUCCUUGUGCUUCCCGAACCGACUAUCACAGCCCACAAAGCCGCUUUAUCGCACUCGAUAGCGCCUCAGAUUGAUCAGCUGAUAGCAAGGGCUGAUAGAAGCGUCAAAUCAGAGCAGACCAAGAUGGCGAACCUCGAGGAGAGAUUGAAGAUUCUGGAGUCUGCCCGCCAUCGCCCAACAUCAUCCCUCCCUCCCCUCUCCUCCUCCUUGCAGUCUGCUGCGGCUUCAUCGCCGAGUCCAUCACAAGAAGACACAUCUUGCAAGAUCACAGAUCUCAACGUGAGAGAGCUGAGCAUUUUGCAACGAAAGAAGGUCAUGCAGCUCAAAGCGAAGAGAGAGAGGCUUGAGAAGGAGAUGGCAAGACUCGAGGGAAGCGCGUAG